GACACUGGUGGCCUUUCUGCGGUGUUUGGCCAGGCUCCGCCGCCCAAUGGGAGGUCCUAUUUCCGCGGCCCUGCUGGCCGCUACUCCGAUGGCCGCCUCAUCGUCGAUUUCAUAGCCAAAAGCCUUGGAUUGCCAUAUCUAAGCGCGUAUCUUGAUGCGCUGGGAGCCAACUUCACCCAUGGAGCCAAUUUCGCCACGGCUGGCUCAACAAUUCGACCCCAAAACACAACUAUCCAGCAGAGUGGGUUCAGUCCCAUCUCACUCAACGUUCAAUACAACGAGUUCUAUGACUUCCGUCGCAGAUCCCAGACCGUGCGAAAUCGAAUCGGCGGCAUUUUUGAGCAAUUAUUGCCGGAGGAAGGCGCAUUCAGUCGGGCCUUGUACACUUUUGACAUUGGCCAGAACGAUUUAACGAGUGGCUACUUCGCCAACAUGACAGUCGACCAAGUUAGGGCCUACAUCCCUGAAGUACUCGACCAGUUCUCCAAUAUUGUCAGGUGGGUGCACAGUCAAGGGGGGAGAUUCUUCUGGAUCCAUAACACGGGCCCAGUGGGCUGCCUUCCAUAUGUAUUGGACCGAAAGCCCGUUUCAGCCUCAGAAUACGACAAAUAUGGAUGCGCCACGCCUUUCAAUGAGUUGGCCCAAACUUUCAACCGCGGCCUCAAGGAAGCAGUGGUUGAACUUCGCGAGGAUUUGCCCGACGCUGCCAUCACCUACGUUGAUAUUUACUCGCUCAAAUACGCUCUGAUCAGCGAACACAAGAAGCACGGGUUCGAAUUUCCACUGAGGACGUGCUGUGGGCAUGGUGGGAAGUACAACUUCAACGUGAACCUUGGAUGUGGAGGAACGAAGAGGAUCCAUGGGAAGGAUGUUUUGAUCGGAAAAUCUUGUGAAAACCCAGCGGUGUAUGUUAAUUGGGAUGGUGUACAUUUUACUCAGGCGGCCAACAAAUGGAUCUUCGAUCAGAUUAAAGAUGGUUCUUAUUCAGAACCACCGAUCCCUCUCAAGAUGGCUUGCCACAGGGCCUGAUCUAAUCUCAUAUCGUAGCACGAAAAAGAGUUCCCUUCCAUCUGCUUCUUUCUCUAGUGGUGUGAACAUAACAUGUGAUUUAAGGCAGAUUAAUUAGUAGGAACUCUCACAAUCACAGCGCCCCUUCUCUUCUUUCUGUAGUAGCACUUUUUUUUUUUUGUCUCCAUCGCGCUACGAUAAUAAUAUUAGAGAUUCUCUGUGGUUAAUAUUUCCAUUUGAGUUAUGUUA